CUCCCGUCCCCGUCGUCACCCCGGGCUGAGCGCGGAGCCCGGAGUUUGCUCGCGGAUAAGAACUUUUCCCCGGCGUCGUCGGCCUCGAGAACCUCCCCCCGUCGUGGGAAUUUGUCGUUCUUUCUCAACGAGCCCGCACCGGGCCGAGCGACUGCUUCCAAGUGAAUAACGAGGAACUCGACCGACUCAAGAAAACGCAUCUCUCAGCCCUUUCGCGGUGCCCGUUGUUUACCUACAAAUUUGAGUUUGGUUUUUUUGUUUUUUGUUUUUCUUUUUCACGUGGUCGCCCAGAUAAAGUGUUGGAAUAGUAAUUAGUUGUGAUGAAUCUUGAAUUAGAACGUCAGCCCCACUCCAAAAGAGGACAGAAACCAAGAUCCUAAGCCGUUCUCAAGCGUGGUUUGCCCCUUUCCAAGGUCGCAGGACCCGAGCAUGGCUCCCAGAAAUGAAUUCUGGAAAUCUGGAGUGGGCCCCCUGAGUCUGUAGCCUUGUCGGCCACUCACCCCCUCGCUUGGGCUGCGCUGGUCAGCCAGGGACCAGACCUUGGGCAAGCCACAAGUAGCUUGGCCCGAGAAUUGUAAAAACUGCCCGGAGCCCUGCUCUUUUUUUGUUGUCUUUCUCCUCUCCUGCUCUCAUCCGGCCCGGCAGGCUGUGUGAGAAAGACCUUGUGCUUGCCUAUGCCCUUCAGCCAGCAAGCCUUCAGCACCCUUACAUAAUGCCACUGCCUGAAGACAGCAAGGGCUCCUGCUUCCAGAGUGGGAGCAAGCGGAGCCACGAGCCCUUCAUUGGUCCGGAGAGAUUUGGAAACAGCAGCGUGGGCUUUGGCGGUAGCGCUCACUCCCCAGCCCCAGAGAAAGUGACACUUCUUGUCGAUGGCACACGUUUCGUGGUGAAUCCUCAGAUUUUCACUGCGCAUCCGGAUACCAUGUUGGGAAGGAUGUUCGGACCAGGAAGAGAAUACAACUUCACAAGGCCCAAUGAGAAGGGGGAGUAUGAGAUCGCAGAAGGGAUCAGCGCCACUGUGUUCCGCACAGUGCUGGAUUAUUACAAAACUGGCGUCAUCAACUGUCCAGAUGGCAUCUCCAUCCCAGAUCUCAGAGACACGUGCGACUAUCUCUGCAUUAACUUUGACUUCCACACCAUUCGCUGUCAGGAUCUGAGUGCUUUACUGCAUGAGCUGUCCAACGAUGGUGCCCACAAGCAGUUCGAUCACUACCUCGAGGAGCUGAUUCUGCCCAUCAUGGUGGGCUGUGCCAAGAAAGGGGAGCGAGAGUGCCACAUUGUCGUGCUGACGGAUGAGGACUCCGUGGACUGGGAUGAAGACCACCCCCCACCCAUGGGGGAAGAGUAUUCCCAAAUUCUUUAUAGCUCCAAGCUCUACAGAUUCUUCAAAUAUAUUGAGAAUCGAGAUGUUGCUAAAACAGUGUUAAAGGAACGUGGCUUGAAGAACAUUCGCAUUGGAAUUGAAGGGUACCCCACCUGUAAAGAAAAGAUCAAGAGGAGACCUGGCGGGCGGUCUGAGGUUAUCUACAAUUACGUGCAGCGCCCCUUCAUCCAGAUGUCGUGGGAAAAGGAGGAAGGGAAGAGUCGCCAUGUGGAUUUCCAGUGUGUUCGCAGCAAAUCCCUCACCAAUCUGGUGGCUGCUGGGGAGGAUGUCCUGGAAGACCAGGAGAUAAUAAUGCACCACCCACCGCAAGUGGACGAACUUGACCGGCUGAAUGCUCCACUGUCUCAGAUGGCUCCCAAUGACUUUCAGGAUUAGGGACAGACGGGCUGCCCGUCACUGGAGCUCUUCGGUGUGGGUACCUCCAGCAGGGCUUCCUGUCCUGGUUCUCACGCUGCGGAGAUGCUUCCUCCUCCUGUUUCCCUUUCCUCUGAGUUAGCAAUGUGCCCUUUUCUGGGUCUGCCUCUGGCCAGGUGAAGAAACCCUCUGGCGAACAAACAUUUUGGGUCUGGUGCUGUUGGCUGAGUCUUUGCAUAACUGCAGGAGAGGAAGUGGACUGUUGCCUCAUACUUGGCACAGCAGCCUUCACCCCUGGCAGGUGGGUGGGCUCUGCCCCAAACAGAAGGCUUAAUGGCAAAGGACCAAACAUCACAGAAGGCCAUCUGGAUGCUGGUGCACGUGUGCCUGACUGAGGGAGUGUGCCAGGUGGGUGAAAAACAGUUCCUGGGCACUGCACCCAGGUGCCAUCUGCAUAGAAUGUCUGAAAGGAAUUCCCACGAGCUCAGCUCCACUUUUUAGUAACACGGGAGCACACUGACGCACAAGACGGGAAGAACAGAGCAGUGGCCCGAAAUGUGCUGGUGCAGCCUGAGGCUUCACUUGCAAGUAAAACUUGCAAAUGAGGUGGCAGAAUGACUCCAGAUCAGGCCAGCAGGACCCCCUGGCAGAAACCCCCAGUACCACUGAGGGGCAGCUCACUGCUAUGGGUGUGGUAGGGGACCUGGUACCUUGACGAUAAGAUUUGCUUGGUACCCUCCUGAGCUCCAGGGAAACGAACAGGACCUGUGUGGGAGCUGCACAGAGUUCACACACCAGGACAUUUACAUUUUUGGUUUGUUUUUUUUUUUUUUUUUUUUUAAACAGCCCAUUAGCUGUUCAGACAUGGUAAGAAAAUGAUACUACUGUCCUCCCCAAAGUCAGGUCCAGGCCUUGUCAUUCUGUUUGAUCUGUGUACUCUGACGUGUGUAGAUGGCAGUCCAGAUCACUAGCCCCUUCUGACAUUUCCGUGGCCGGUGGCAGAAUCAAGAGCCAGAUAGCAGUGUCUGGCAUUACCUUACUUCCGGGUAGCAGUUCACCUUUGAGUUGGUCCUUCUUCCCAUCAUAGGUGGCUCGUGUAAGCCGCUCCUUCAAGCUCCUUAAAGAACGUGGUUUCUUGAAGUCUGUUCCCAUAAGGCACUGUGUGGCGUACUACUUGAUGGCAGUAAAAUCAGGUUUUGGAGGCCUCUGUGGGAUUGAAGGACAGAGUGUUCUUACAGUUUCUGUGCUUGUGGCAGCAUCACAGGGGGAGUUGGUUCGGGAUCGUCCUUGCUCAGAGCUGCAGGAGAGCUAAGCUGCUCUCGUUUCCGUGAUGGCAGUUGUGGCUUGGCGAAGCUGGAGGCCAGCAUCUGGAAUGCGGGCUGAGGCUCUUAGCUUGAGCUUGCUUCUGUGAACCAGUUGGUAUGUCUGAGGUCAGCCUUGGCCUGGACUUUGGUGCUACAUGUUUGCUCACUGGCUGCUGAGCAGCCCAGGCUCUGGGUCAGUGGUGCGUCCUCUGCUUCUCAGCGGCCACUGCAGUAUGAUUGUGUCGGUGAUGUAAUGUUCAGGUCCUCGUUCUUCGGGGUUAGUUCACUGCCUUCGGCCUUUUAUGAACUAGGCCUCACCCCCACAGGCCAAGUAAAUUAGCACAUUGGGUUCCAGCCCAUGGAGCUUAACUAAAGGCUGAUGCAGUGGCAUUGGGGGUGCUGACUAAAGGAAGGCUGGGGACACAGACUCCUUGUGGAGAGGGAUGCUUUUUGUACACCUUCAGCUCCACUCUUGCCUAAAUUUCAGUGUCACUGUAGUUUGGUGUCUUGCCUUCUGUUCUCAGAGUUGUGACAUUUUUAGCGCUGGGACCUUGCCGGAUCGGGCUGGGUCACAGUUGUCUUUGGAGUUAGUUGCUGGCUGUGAGAGGACUUCUCUAAUAAAAGAUGUGUUUUGUAAGUGCCUGAAUAAGUAAUCUGGGCUAUGGGCAGAGAGUCUCGUGAGAAAAAUGACCCAGAGCAUCUUAGCAAGAUAGAAGAUAAACUUGAACCAGAGGCUUGACGCAUGUCCUCGUAUCCUGUGUAGCUGAUGAGCCACGCCUGCCAUUAAGGAGUUGGCAGAACAGGGACACAGUAUUAGGACGUCACACGUGGGUUGAGAGCAAAGUUUGAGGAAGGUGGGGGAGACUGGGUAAGGUAGCCAUUCCCUGACCAGCACCGCGGGAGACGUUGUCAGGGGCUACAGGCCGGAGAAUGCUGUGCAGGAAGCGGCAUCUUCUCAGAGGAGGUGUCCAGGGAAGUGCAUGUUCAGGGCACAGGCCAGCUCAAACUGUGAUUCAGGUUGAGUUUGUGGUGCACUUGCUGCCACUUACUGCCAUCUGCAGCUUGAGGUGGGUGCAGGGAGCGCAGCAGGAGGCAGAGCUGCUCUUGGCUGGAUGGGAUCAUUUCUGGAGAAUUACAUUUUCUCCUGAGGGCAAAAUGUGUGUAGAUUUUGCCCCCGUGUAUUCACUUUUGAAGUUGCACUUGUUCACCUACCAGUGUUUACGGAAUCCUGUGUAUGGGAUGCUUUUUCUAUAAUAAAGUAUUUUUAUUUGUG